CAGAACUCACAUUCGGCCUACUGAUGCCGUUAGAAGUCACUAUACGUGAUCACUCAGCACAACAGUCUCAGUCACGGUGCCACAAAAAGGAAAAACUAAAACAUCACACAGCAAGUUAAAACAAGUUACUUCAGAGCUAUUUACAUAGACAGUGCCGCAAAAAACGACAAGCUCACCAGUUUGCAGUAGAUUCGGCUGACAGGUGCGGGACACUUGGUGUGCUGCCCCGGGCUACAGGAGUUCACCGCAAGUCGCUACCUUGGUCAUCUAGGUUCAAGUCAGCUAACUUCAAUUCACAACUUCAUCCUGACAACCUGGGAAACCAUGACAACAUAUACUGACAAAGGCGAAAAGCAUGAGCAGGGACAGUUCCUCUGCUUUGAUCACUUGACAUUCUGGGUUGGGAAUGCAAAACAGGCAGCAUCAUAUUACUGCAAUAAACUGGGAUUUGAGCCAUUGGCUUACCAGGGCUUGGAGACAGGCAGUCGAGACGUGGUGUCCCAUGCAGUCAUACAAGGAAAGAUCAUAUAUGUGUUCUCAUCUGCACUGAAUCCUGGAAACAAAGAAAUGGGGGCUCAUUUAGUCAAGCAUGGCGAUGGAGUGAAAGAUAUUGCAUUUGCGGUGGAGAAUUGUGACUUCUUAGUGCAGAAAGCCAAAGAGCGAGGAGCAGUAAUUGUCAAAGAGCCCUACAGUGUGGAGGACAAGCACGGGAAAGUUAGACUCGCUGUGCUGCAAACAUAUGGUGACACCACACACACAUUUGUGGAAAGGGCAGGAUACAGUGGUCUCUUUCUGCCCGGCUUUCAACCGCCUCUAUUUAAGGACCCCUCCUUAGCCAAAUUACCUCAGGGAAAACUGAACUUCAUUGAUCACGUUGUAGGAAACCAACCAGAUGAUGAAAUGGUUCAAGUGGUGGAAUGGUACCAGAAGAACCUCCUCUUUCAUCGUUUUUGGUCAGUAGAUGACAAACAGCUGCAGACAGAGUUCAGUGCUCUUCGUUCCAUUGUGGUGGCCAACUAUGAAGAGACUGUAAAGAUGCCUAUCAACGAGCCUGCCAUGGGCAAGAGAAAAUCUCAAAUCCAGGAGUAUGUAGAGUACUAUGGAGGUCCAGGAGUGCAGCACAUUGCCAUGAACACAUCAGAUAUUAUCACAGCAAUUAGGAAUCUAAAAGAGCGUGGAACAGAGUUUAUGUCUGUGCCAGACACCUACUACGACCAACUGAGGGAGAAGUUAAAACACUCCAAGGUGAAAAUCACAGAAGACCUGGAUGUCCUGCAGGAGCUGAGCAUCUUGGUGGACUAUGAUGACAAUGGCUACUUACUUCAGAUCUUUACCAAGCCAGUUCAGGACCGCCCCACGGUCUUCUUGGAAGUCAUUCAGAGACAUAAUCACAAGGGCUUCGGUGCAGGAAACUUCAAGUCUCUUUUUGAAGCCAUUGAAGCAGACCAACAUGCCAGAGGAAAUCUCACCAUAUUGACACCCAAUGGUGUCACCAAGAGCAUGUGAUCCAUUAACAGAACCAUUAAUAUGCUACUAGCUAAAAGUGCUUUACUUAUUUUUACAUAUUAUACAAGUAUGUACAGUGGCCAAGUGGUUAGCAUGUAAACCUAACCAUCAGUGUUUCAAUGUUCUUCCUGUACGUGUGUGGAUUCUCUCCAUGUACUCUGGGUUCCUCCCAUAUUCCCCAACUAGAGACUCAAAAUAUUUCAUGGGUGUGUAUGUGAAUGGUUGUCUAUAUGUGCCCUCUAUGGUCUAGUGGUUAGCGCACAGGCCUCACAGCUAGGAGACGAGGGUUCAAUUCCACCCUCGGCCAUCUCUGUGUGGAGUUUGCAUGUUCUCCCCGUGCAUGCGUGGGUUUUCUCCGGGUACUCCGGUUUCCUCCCACAUUCCAAAAACAUGCUAGGGUAAUUGACGACUCCAAAUUGUCCAUAGGUAUGAAUGUGAGUGUGAAUGGUUGUUUGUCUAUAUGUGCCCUGUGAUUGGCUGGCGACCAGUCCGCCUCUCGCCCAAAAAGCGAUAGAAAAUGAAUUAAUAAAUGUGCCCUAUAUGUGCUGAGUCCAGCUCGCCCCAGUGAGAAUAGGCUGAAUAGUUAAUGAAUGAACAACUGAUUCCGGUACUUUUUUAAUCUCAUGUUUUCUUCCAAUGCAAUUUUAAUAUUUCUUUUACAUCUUUGUGGUUAAAACAGGUUAAAACCUGAAACACCUUAAAAACAAACAGUGUGUCAUUUUUACAAUAAGGUCAACAGAUCAUUUAGUCAUGUGGAUAACAUUUUUUUUCUGAGGAAAAAAUGAUGCAACAAUGAAACAAUGAAAAUAACAAAGUCAGUACAAACUAUGGUUUACAGCCAAACAUGCCAUCAUAAUUUUUAAACAAAAAGACAGCUUUAUAUCGAUGAAAUUAUUUACAAAAGUCAGGAGUACAUAUAACACAAUAGCUUAUAAGUGCUGGUUAGAAUAGUCCAUUACUUCCUGAUUGGUGUAGUGCUCAUCUUUUUUUUUUAAGUGCAGUGAGCGCCUGCACUGAAUAUUACUUUAAAAGUACAUCUUCAGUGUGUGUGUUUAUUUUGUACAGUACCUCAGGCAACGUGGGCUCCUCUCUAAGAUACAAGCAGUAUACACCGUGGCUGUGAUUAGUUCAAAGACCCCCGACAGCUUUCAACUCCACACAGACAAGGAAUCUUUGUGUCCUCAAUGGGAAAUUUAUAGUCGUAUGUGAUUUCUUCGUUGAUGGCUAUUGGCUGACGCGAGUAGAUCACUAUCUUCUUAUGAGACUCUACGGUGAUGACCUUUGCAUAACAAUUGGGCUGCAGGAGAAAUAUGCAUCAUUUUGGAAUGAAUUUACACAAUAAUUAAUGAAUUAAGAGAGCAGUAGUCUUACUCACAUUACAGCUGUGGUUGAUGAAUCUGGCUAAAUUCCCACAUUUAGUGGCGUCAAUGAUGGUGUCUUCAUCCACCCGAAACAAAUAACUGCUUCCAAUGCCCUGCUCUUCAUAUCUGUGCUCUCUCAUGUCAGCGAUGUUCUGAAGAGAAGACAGCGCACAAAUUAAUUUACUGACAGUGUUGUUAAAAAAAAAAUAAAAAUCACAGGAGGUCCUCAAUACACUCAAGGGUCACAGAUAAACAGACACCGGACACGUUCAGAACCGAUAACCAAUAACAUGGUUACUUGUAGUCAGUGUUUGUGCAUUUAUUUGUCUUACCUGUCUGAUAAUUUGGCCUACAUAUUCAAUCACCAUUUCAUCAGCUGCUAUAUGCUCCAUGGCAAAGAGACCCCAAUUGUGGAUGUGACUUUGACUGAAGCGAAUCCUCUUCUUUCUAAACUGAAAGAUACAAAUAUAAACACUACUAUAAGGAGGUCAAUAUGCAAAGCAUACAAAGCCAGGACAGCCUGUUACAAGGGAUCAUCUCAUCUUUGUUGUUUCACUGCUUUGCUGUUGGGAUCAGCUCAUGCUUUAUCCUCAUUUUUAGUGUGUGUCACCAUCCAUUGGCUAACCUUGAGCUGGUUAAACUUGACCAGGUCACUGUCACAGCUGAAAGAUGACAGCAGACGACGCUGUUCCGAUCUGAAGUCCGAUCCAGCACGAAAUGAGGUGGGCUGUGUCGAAAGACCCUGCUGGGACACGAUACAUACUUAGGUUACAUAUAGAGCUGGCUGGACCAUUAUGCAAUAUAGACAGCUGCUACGUGUGCUGUGGCCUCCUGAGGGUGCAAAAACUCACUUUCACUAUUCAUUCAUUCCUUCCCAACCGCUUUUUCCUCGCGGGGGGGCUGGAGCCCAUCCCA